CUGAGAGUGAACAAACAGCAACAGCGUAGGCUGUCUUACUUUCAUCUGUAACACAGCAAUGUUGCGCUGCUUCUUUUCUAAUCUUUAAUCUCGGGGAAUAUUACAGACUAACAAAUGGCUCUUUUCUGGAUGCUCCUGACACUGUGUCCGUUUGUGGCUCAUUCGCAAAGUGGAGAUGAUGGAGAGUCCAUUGACAUUGACUGCUGGUCGUUGAUGACCUUAAAAGAAAGCGAUCUCUUCUGCGUCUUGAAUGAGUAUGACGUUGACAUUUGCGAGAAAGUUGCAACACUUUGUCAAGUUCAAGAUUCUGCUUGUUCCAAUGCAACUAUGGAAAGUAACAAAUUCUCUUUUUGGAAUCUGAGUCCUGUAUCAAAGCAUAAACUGACCAUUUACUUAAAAGGAGGGCGACACCAAAUACAAACGGUCGAGCUGGUGAAAAUGGUUAAAAUCCCAACUCCCGUGAUUGAAAAUGCAGCGUAUAAGCUUGAUGAAGCAGUUAUAUACAUAAACUACAUGCAUGACUAUGUCACAGACCCUGAGUUUGAAGUGGAAUUCUGGGGAGACCCUUCCAAAGUUAAAAAGAUGAAGGUGACAUACAAACAAAUUACUAUAGGGGGAGACCAGCUGAGAGACAGCGAGAUAUACAAAGUACGGGUCAGAGCCAGACCCGUGUCUUAUUUUGGUGGGAACUGGACAGAGUGGAGCGCGGUGACGAGCUUCAGCGUGAAGGAUAACCGUCCUUCAGAAUUUCCUCCGGUUCUGUACAUCCUCCUCUGCAUUGCUCCCAUUGUGUUGGUUGCCAUUGGGUUUCUGAUCCUACGAUGGAAGAAAGAGAUAUAUGCCUGCCUUUUCCCAGACGUUCCAGAACCAAAGGCCACUCUCGCUCAAAUCCAGAGACAAAAGGAGCACUUACCUAUGAGUUUCAGUCCGGAAAUCUUCAAGGACCCCAACAUUUAUCCUGUGAUUUACGCUGAGGAGAAGCAGUUCACCCCUGAGUUUGAUGAUGAUCAGGGUGACAUCACAGAACCCGGCGAUGAUAAGGUUAUGGCUUUGAAAUGUUCUCGUUCCACUUCAAUGUGUGAGAAGCAGGAUGAUGAUGACCAAAGUCUUAAUUCGGAGAUAUCCCAAAUGAAAAUUAAGUUGCUGGAUGGAUGUGCAUCUGCUGAGGAUGUAAACGAUGACCCUGGUUGCCAAAGUGUAGUGGCUCUACAAACACAUUCUAAGGAUGAGACGUAUGUCACCAUGUCGAGCCUCUAUAAAACCCAGUAAGAUGAGGACAAAUUCGAAUUCAUCAUGGGUAAAUCCCUCAUCAUUAGCUGCUCAUUUCAUCAGGCUGCUCUUGUUCUCAUGGUAGACGGUCAGUAAUUAUCUACCACAAGCCAGAUGUCAAACAAUCAACAAAUGGCCAAUCAAAGUAAAGUUAUGGUUAUUAUGCAUGAUAUGCAGGUCUAAUAAGCACCUACAUAGGCCUAUGUUAUAGCUGACAUCCGACAUAAAAUGGAAACAUGGUUACGGUGUGUGGGCAACUAUGCAACAGGUUCAAACAAUCCAGUAUCGGUCGCUGCUAAUUUCCUCUGAAUGUUUCAAAAAACUUGAACUCCAAAUGCUUAACAGUGUUGCGGUAUGAUUUUCUUCGCCGUACAUGAGACUCAGCAAGCCUUUGUAACUACUAAUAUGAGUCAACAAAUUAAGGCACCACUGAAAUAUAUGUGGGUGGAUUGCGUGGCAAUGACAAGUCUGCGCUGACUUUCUUGUAAGAGAAACUGAUCAUAUGUAAAACCACCAGAUUUUCAAGUUGAGCCCAUGCAAAGGUUAAUUACCACUUAGCCUAGCAACCAAUAAACAUAGUGAAACAAUAGCGCUCCUAGAGAAGCUAUUAUCUAUUCUGAAUCAAGUAACUCGUAAUUAAUUAGCUCUGAUAAUGGCUAUAUUUCAUUUUCCUGAUUUACAAAAACAUAUUAAUCCCUUAAGUAAUGUUGCUAUGCCUUGUCUGACAGUUGACAACAAAUGACUCGAAGUUCCUUACCAAACUGUUUACAUGCAGCUUUUUUUUUUUUAAUUAGCUGACAUGCUAACAUCAAUAAUGUAGCUUUUAAUAAAGUAGAUUCAAUUUGGUUAUGCUACGUUUUGCCACAUAGCUUGCAAUGCUUAGGCUAGUUUGAAUGUAGCUUACCCAAAAUUUCCUAGUAAGUAUUAUUGAUUAUCUAUAGUGAUUAUUUUUUUUUAAAUGUAUCAUAAAAAGUAGAAACAUGAAAUGUGAUACACAGGGAAGGCUGUUAAUGCAGAGAAUAAGGGAGUGUAUCAGUAAUGUUUUAAUGUACCCUCAUUGACUUGUCUUUACCGUUUCCCCUUGGGGGAAACCCAGACGCCAUCUUAAAGGCUGUUCCACCACUCUAGUAGCUCAAACGAGGCAAGGGAUUGACUCAACAUGUAUGUAGGCUUCACAGAAAGAAAGCUUCUGAAUUUAGGAAGUAAAAGAGCACAGAAUCGAGUUUCAACCUCAGCUAAAUUCUGUCUAAUCACAUAUUAUGCUCCAGACUGCAUUUUGGAUGUAAUUCUCUUCAGUGUACGUAUAUAACAAGUGUGUCAACUUUGUGACACCUUAUGCCCAUGAAACUACAUUGUAAUGCGUCAACUCGGCUACUGUUUGGGUUUUGACGUUGAAUGGUUUAUAGACUUGGGGGGACGACAGGCUUUUCCAAAAGAACAACAGCAACUCUCUGUUCAAAAGCUGAAAUCAGUUUAAUAAUCACGAUCGCAAUAUGUUACAAAAUUGCUGUUAGCAUUUUUUGGAGUUCAGCUCUUCACAGAUGUGAGCACUUGAUUAAUCAUCACCGCUGAUGACAUAAAGUAAUACAGCUGCUAGCCUCAGUCACUAUGACAAUAAUUACUGUUGAUGCCAGUCAGUAUAUACCAUUUCUUCUCUUUUGUACUCGUGGAUGAUUAGUUCAGUAAAUCAGAGGGGAAUGUACUCUCACAUAGCUGCACUGAUAGCAAUGGUAAGCAAUAGCAAAAUAGCAUUAUUAUGAAUUUUUUAUUUUUUACAAAUAUUAAGUGCUAUGUUUUCUUGUGAUUUAUAUAUAAAUUGUAUUACAGUUGAAAUGUUCUCCUUAAAAUGGGCCUCAUUUAUCAAUCUUUCAGUAAAGCUUUGUGUGUAAAUGUUGUAAUAAGCCAAAACGCAAGAAAAAUUUCCAUCAGUAAUCCUGAUUUUCUUUCGGGAACAUAUGGAUAUUUUGACAAAUACCAAUCACCUGUAAUUUACCACACACGUUCACCUUUACUGAUGGCCACAAAAGGCAAGACUGAAAAUGAUGACCAAUCACUGAGAGACCAUUUCUUAUGUGCAGUGCGUGCUAAGCUAUUGCAAUGUGUCAUCUACCAUAGACACGUUUCCUCCUUUUAUAGGGUGCCAUUAUUAUUAUUUUUUUUUUAUUUUACAUGAAUGGCUAGUCUUAUUUAUCAUUAUUUAUGGAUAGUUUUUGAUUAUCUUUUAGGUUAUUAAUAUGAAACGACUGAGUUUCACGACAUUUGUCUGACUAAUUGAAAUAAAUAAGCAAUUUGACCUUGAAAGUGUAAUUCAUGUAAUUUUUUUUUUUUUAAAACAUACGACCUAGACAGUGAGAACCAAAACCGUGAAAUAAAUCUCUAUAUGUCACUCGUGAGGAAAUCGAUCAAUUGUUUUGACAGAUUUGGGUACUUUGUGAAUGUGUUUAUAUAAUAAGAAAAUCACACAUUGGCUUGAAGAUAUGAAGUUUAUCUUUUUGUGUUGAAAAACUCACAUUUUUCGUACGAAAUACAUCGUGGAUCUGAGUGACACAUUUCCUGAUAUUUCACUCUGAUGACGUCACUUCCAGUGUUUUCCUGCUGACUAGAUGUGCAUUUUCAACAUGGUGAACAGGUUCAAAAUGAAAAUUCUUUUCAUUAACUUGCAUUUUUCUUUUUUUGUGGAUGUGUCCAUCUAAUAUAAAGAACAUUACAUGGUGGCGCGAAGAUAUGGAGUUUAUCUUGUCAUGUUGAAAAAAUAUCACUCGUUCGCUUCGCUCACUCAUGAAUACGUUCACCACUUGAAGACAAACUUCAUAUCUUCGCACUAUGUAAUAUCCUCAACCAAACUGGAUUUUCAUAAAUAUUGUAUGAAUUCCCCAUGAAAAUAAAUUAUGAACCAGUCUUUUCAUACCCAGCUUGAUAAAUGAGGCCCACUGUCUCCUGCCUGUUGUAAAGAGCACGUUGGUAAUGAGUUAAAUAUAUACUCACUGUUUCAUUACAGCUAACAUCACUUUAACUGAGCUGCAUCUCUCACAAUCUCUUUCAGGAAAUGGUUUUAUUACCACAAAGCAUUUACACUGUAUAGUACAUUGCAAUAAUCAUUUAUACUACUGGCUUUGUUAAUGAUUUUGCACAAAAGAACCACGUAUUAAAAAGACAUCCCAAAA